AUACCCAAAUUCCUCCAAAAUUCCAUCCCUAAUUUACUCAGCCAGUAGACACUACCACCUGCGCCUCUGCUCCCAAAACUUUGUUCCACUCCUUUUUUGUCUUCUCAACCAUUUUUAUUUUUUUGUUCAGAAUGGACAACGGCGCCAGCAAGGCAUCAGCUCAGCUGACGGCUGAGGGGGCUGCACAGUUACAGGAAGGCAUCGGGUUGGUGCUAGGUAGAUGGACGGCCCUUCAGAUGGCUAUCGAGAACGACUGGGGUGGUCGUGGCUCUCGUGAAAAAUCCAGUCAGCUCAAUGUCGACAUAUUUUCGGCUUUCACAAAUUCCAAAGAAAAAGUAUAUAUGGAUGAUAUAGAAGAGAUUCUAGAUGAGUUCAUGUUAUCUCUAAAUACUGAAGUCAAUGAUGGCAGUCUUGAGGAGGUAGCAGAAAAAUUGAUGUUUAUGCAUGAAGAGUGCCUGGAAGGCAAUUUCAAUUCAAUCAAACUGCUAAGAGAAACAAAUAUUGGAAGGAGACCUGCUACUUAUGUCAGACAAGGUGCUAGCGAUGAUGACGACAGCAGUGAUGAUGGGAAUGAGAACUUGGGUAACAAUUCAUCAGAUAUGGCAAUUGAUUCUGUGGAAACGCAAUCAAAUUUGGGCCAGGGUAUGGUAGUUGAUGAGCCUGUGAUGAAGCAGCCAGCUGAAGUGGACGAGGACGGGUGGACAAAAGUAGCUACAAGGCGUAACAAAGGUAGAAGGAAUUAAAGCACUACUACACCUCAUGGAUUAUACAAAAAUUUUGUUCCCUAAACCUUAAAAAUGAAGAUAGCUUGGUAUGUUGGUGAACUAUAUUUUAACAGUUGUAAUUAUGGCGAUUGUAAUGUGGUUUUGCUUCCUCUUGCAUUGGUGAAUUCUCCACCAAUUAUCAUCUAAGGCUCAGAGACGGUCUUUUUGCUAGUUGUAACAAUGAAAUUUGUAGUUUAAGUAAAACAACAUUAUUUUAGUCCCUCAUUAGUCACUAUGUUCUAUACAAAUAACUAUCAACUUAAUGAUAUAAUGGUGCUCUUUGUAUU